CAUUUCUCUUUAUGAAUCUGUUAAAAGGACUUCAUAAGUUGGCAGUGUUGAGUAAAAAAGUUGUUCAGAGAGCAGCAUUAUCUAUAGAUCAAUAGACAGCAAAUAAAGAAUCUUUUGUGUUUUGCAUGAAAGUUCCUUGCAAUUUCUUCUUUCUGGACUUCCCUCUCUUUAUUUUCAAUAUAAAUUCAUCUCCAUCAAUCAUCAAUCAUCAUUCCCAUACUGUUUGACACUCAUCAAACUCAAGAACUUCUCACCCUUGCCAAAUUGUCUAUUUUUAUUUUAUUUCAAUUAAGUAUAAACUAUUUGUGAAUCAAAAUAUACAUAGAAAUGGGAGUUGGAGGCACUCUUGAGUACUUGUCUGAUCUAAUGGGAAGUGGCCAUCAUCACCAACACAAGAUCAAGAGGAAGAAGCAAUUACAAACCGUAGAGUUGAAGGUGAGAAUGGAUUGUGAUGGUUGUGAACUUAAAGUCAAGAAAGCCCUCUCUUCACUAAAUGGAGUAAAAUCAGUGGAGAUAAACAGGAAACAACAAAAAGUGACAGUAAUGGGGUAUGUGGAAGCAAAUAAGGUACUAAAGAAAGCAAAAUCAACAGGGAAGAAAGCAGAGAUUUGGCCUUAUGUGCCAUACAACAUGGUGACUCAUCCAUAUGCUGUUCCUGCUUAUGACAAGAAGGCUCCUCCUGGAUAUGUGAGGAGAUUGGAGACAACAGGAACUGUUAUAACAUAUGAAGAUUCACACAUCACCACUUUGUUCAGUGAUGAAAACCCAAAUGCAUGCUCCAUUAUGUAGAUAAUAAGGAAAAUAUCAAAAGGGAAAAAUGUGUUUUUUUAGCACAGUAAUGUAGAUUUUCUGCUUUAAAGUUAAGUAGGUUUUGUUGUCAAAUAAAAUGUAGCAUAUUCUUUUGUAUUACUUUAUUGUUUCUAUUUGAAAGUAUUUAUUUCUCUUUAGCGUGGAAAAUUCAGAGGAUGUGAAAAGAUGUUACUGCCAUCAUGGUUUUGCCAAUGUUCAUAUUUGAUAAGUUUUGUUCUUUGA